AUGACGAGCUACCACCUCAACGCCCGCCUCGUCUGGCGCGUCGCGCGCACGGCCCUCCUCGCCUUCCUCAUCGCAGCCGCGUUAUUCUUAUUCAUAUGGGAGCCGCACAUCGAGAUCGCGGCGUAUAGGAGGGCGUGGAUUCAGAAACAGAUUAUGCCGACUGGCAAGCUUGCGGGCUGUUUCGAGGAGGGGAAUGUGUCGCCGUUUUAUAAUCUUAGCGAGGGAUUGUAUGGGGCGCGGCAUACGGAGGUGCAGGCGGGGUUCAGCAUGCAGCUCGGGCUCGACUGCUUUGAUUUUGCGGGGGCCGUGCAGGUGCCGCCGGCGCUGGCGCAGAGGGAGCGCAGGACGAAUAUCUUCCAUACGUAUUGGCGCACGGAUCUCGCGCCGUUUGGGCCGCGGCAGGAGUGGAUGCUCAAGUCGUUUCUCGCGACGCAGCCGCAUACGCACUCGAAGCUUAUAUUGUGGUCCAACGGCGAUCUGGCUGGCAAGAAUCCGCUGGUGAAGAGGUACAUCGAUAGGUGGCCGGAUGUGUUUGAGGCGCGGGUCGCGGAUGUGAAGGCGCUGGCGCGGGGCACUGUUAUUGAGGGGAGCGAGUAUCUGGAGUUGAAGGACGAGAAGGCGUGGUUGGACGGGGACAUUAUUAGGUUGCUGGUCAUUUGGCAUGAGGGCGGGACGUGGGUCGAUAUGGAUAUGCUCUGGACGAGGGAUUUUUAUCCGUUGUUGGAGCAUGAGUUUGUCACGCAGUGGGAUUGCUACGACAAACCGUAUUCGGCGUUUAACGGCGCAGUAAUGCACUUCCACAAACACUCGCCAUACCUCUGCGAAGCCCUCUCCCUAAUCUGCACCUCCGACGCCCCCCGAACAGCCUCAACAGACUGGGGAUCAGUCCUCUACCUCCGCCUCUGGCGCCGCCUCGCCGCAUCCGGGAUCCCGCCCUUCAAAAUCCUGCCCCACUGCUUCACCGACGGCCGCGCGUGCAGGCUCGACAACCGGCUCCCGGAUCCGUUCGAGGCGGACCCGAGGGGCGGGGGGUGGACGGGCGGGAUUGGGAGGGAAGAGGGCGGCGGGCUGGAUGUGAGGCUGGGCAAGGUGUUUGCGGUGCAUUUGCAUAAUCAGUGGGCGAAGGCGUUUCCGAAGGGCGGGUGGGUUGAGAGGUUGCUGUUGAAGAGGUAUGAGGAGACGCUGGAGAGGUUGGGGUUGAAGCUUUAG